AUGGAGUUCCAGCGGCGCAGGCUCGCCGGCCUGGUGGCGGAUCUCAUCCCCACCAAUGUCCUCGUCGAGCGCGCUCAUGCUGCCGACGAGGCAUCGGAGGCUACGCCCUCCUCGACCAUCUCUCCCUACCACUCCGACCUGGCUGGCGUGAACCAGCCCGUGAACAUGCUGUUCAAGGAUACCCUUUGGCUCACAUUCGGAGGCGCCGCCGUCAUCGUCCUCUUCAUCACCAUCAGCCGCAUCCUCUGGGCCCAGCUUCGCCAUGUAUCAGCUAUGAGCGUUGAUGGCGACAGGCAACACUACUGGAAGGUGACGCAGUGGAGCUGGAUGCCCAGUCUCAAGAAGAACCUCAUGUACGCGCCCCUCUGGAACAAGCGUCACAACAAGGAAAUCAAAGUGUCCAACAUCGGCGUCGGCACGCUCCCUUCUCGCAUGCACAGCUUGAUCCUCUUCAUCUACAUCGCCAGCAACAUGGUCUACAUGUUCUUCCUGAACUGGGAGAACAAGAACAUCUACUCCUUCUGCGCCGAGCUCCGUGGCCGUUCCGGAACCCUCUCCGUCGUCAACAUGGUCCCGCUGAUCAUCCUCGCCGGCCGCAACAACCCGCUCAUCGGCUGGCUCCACGUCAGCUUCGACACCUACAACCUUCUCCACCGAUGGGUCGGCCGCAUGUCCGUCAUCGAGGCCGUUCUCCACACCAUCGCCUGGAUGAUCGUCCAGGUCGCCGACAGCGGAUGGGACGGCGUCUGGCACCGCAUGUCGAACGAGCUCUUCAUCGGCUCCGGUAUGGCCGGCACCAUCGCCCUCGUGGUCAUCAUGGUCCUGUCCGUCUCGCCGGUCCGCCACGCCUUCUACGAGAUCUUCCUCAACGUCCACAUCAUCCUCGCCUUCUUCAUCUUCCUCAUGACCUACAUCCACUGCGCCGUCGCCGGUCUCCCCGGUGGCCUGCCCCAGCUCCCCUGGAUGAUCGCCAUCUUCAUCCUCUGGUUCCUCGAGCGCAUGGCCCGCAUUGUCCGCGUCGCCUACAUGAACUGGUCGGACCGUGGCGUCUCUGAUGCCAUCGUCGAAGCGUGCCCCGGCGAGACCACCCGCGUCACCAUCAACCUCCCUCGCUACGUCGACGUCAAGCCCGGCACCCACUGCUACCUCCGCUUCAAGGACAUUCGCCCCUGGGACUGCCACCCCUUCUCUGUCGCCUGGGUCGAGCACAUCCCCGACCACCGCUCCAUGCCCCUCGACGAGGAGAAGAACACCCUCACCGCCGUCGACAAGAAGAACUCCACCACCUCCAUCUCCUUCAUCAUCGGCGCCCACAAGGGCUUCACCCGCGACCUGUACAACGUCGCGCGCCAGAGCGGCGACCGCGCCAUCCGCAUGAGAGCCUGCCUCGAGGGCCCCUACGCCGGCCACCACUCCCUGGACUCGUACGGCCACGCCGUCCUCUUCGCCGGCGCUACCGGCAUCACCCACCAGAUCUCCUACCUCAAGCCCCUCAUCGACGGCUACAACAAUGGCAGCGUUGCCACCCGCCGCAUCACCCUCGUCUGGAUCGUCCGCGACUACGAGGCCCUCGAGUGGGUUCGCCCCUGGAUGGACACCGUCCUCCGCCUCCCCAACCGCAAGGACAUCCUCCGCAUCCAGCUCUACAUCACCCGUCCCCAGAACUCCCAGCAGAUCGUCUCCGCCUCCACAACAGUCCAGAUGUUCCCCGGCCGCCCCAACAUCCCGCUGCUUAUGAAGCGCGAGGUCUCAGAGCAGGUGGGCGCCAUGUGCGUGACCAUCUGCGGACCGGGCGCCCUGGCUGACGACGUGCGGUCUGCGGUGAGAGAGGUGCAGGGCGAAGGCACAGUGGUGGACUUUGUCGAGGAGAGUUUCACGUGGUAA